AAGAAGAAUGGAGAAGAACAGCCAAAGUCCUCUGUCAGCAAUCAGUACCGAAUUGUUACACCCACAUUCCAGUACAACAUGGACUACAAGAAAGUUGGCAAAUGUAUUAUUAUAAACAACAAAAAUUUUGAAGACAAAACAGGAAUGGGUACACGCAACGGCACUGAUAAAGAUGCUGGGGACCUGGCUAAGAGUUUCCAAAAGUUAGGUUUUGAUGUUUACACCUACAAUGACCGAAGCCGUGGUGACAUGGAAAAAUUACUGAAGCAAGCUGCUGAGGAGAAUCACAGUGAUGCUGCUUGUUUUGCCUGUAUCCUUCUAAGCCAUGGGGAAGAAGGCCUCAUCUAUGGCACUGAUGGACCCAUGGCUAUCAAGAGUUUGACUGCGCUGUUCAGAGGAGACAAGUGUAAAAGCCUCAUAGGCAAACCAAAACUGUUUUUCAUUCAGGCAUGCAGAGGCUCUGAAUUUGAUGAUGGUAUACAAACUGACUCUGGACCUGCAAAUGAUGCUCUGGAAACAGAUGCCAAUCCAAGAUACAAGAUCCCAGUAGAAGCAGACUUUCUGUUUGCAUAUUCCACAGUGCCAGGUUAUUACUCCUGGAGGAAUCCUGGAAGAGGCUCCUGGUUUGUGCAGUCUUUGUGCUCUGUGCUAAAUGAGCAUGGGAAACAGCUUGAGAUCAUGCAGAUCCUGACACGGGUCAACUAUGUGGUUGCCACAAAUUUUGAAUCCCAGUCAGACGAUCCACGCUUCAGUGAGAAGAAGCAGAUUCCCUGUGUGGUCUCUAUGCUCACUAAGGAACUGUACUUCUGAAAGCACAUUGGAAUGCAGCCGGUGAUGAAAAGAUCAGGAUAUGGUUUUGGGUGAAGAUUUGACGAUGAACUGGAGUUUAAUCACAGAAAGAGAUGUAA